GAAGAUGAGAGCAAAAGGCAUCAGGCUUAAUGAAGAAUUCUUGAAGGUUGCCCGUGUAAGUAAUUGAUUUGUGUUACGUAUUUGAAAUUGUAAUAAGACAGCGAUGUAGUGAUGAGGGAAAGGUUGUCAUCGGGUUGUCAUUUAUCACAAGUAGAAAGCAGUGACUCUGGGUGGAAUUUGUGUAUACCAGCCCUUUUUUUUGCUGAUGUAGUGAGAUUUUACAACUUGGAGUGUAACUUAUGGGGAGUCCACAGGAAGAAGGUGUAGGAUUAGGGCCGUGGCUACAACAUGAGUACUGGUAAAACACUUCGUAAGAGAAAAGUAUUGAAAAUUGGCAAGUUUCAAAAAGGGAACAGUGCUAACCCUAUGUUUUCCACCAGCAAAAGUUUGGCACUUGACUGGCAAUGUGCUGAUUAACAACUUGUGCCACAGAAUCUAAAAUUAACAGGUAACUCUUGGAACUAAAAACUUCUUCAAACCAGGGUUUAUGUUGCAGGAGGUGGGCAGCUUUAACUAAUAUUUUGGAAGCUCUGGGAAUCCUGAGAGGGUUGGUUGAAUCCCUGUGGGGGUGUUCUCAUGUACACUAGUAUUAUUUUGAAUUUAUCAGCUUAUUCUGGAGUGUGUAGCGCUCUUUCAUGAUACUUGUUUUUCUUUACUACAGGACAGUAAUUGAAAAGGUUUUCAAAAUCUUUCUGCAUCAGCCAAACAAGACAAUGGUAUAAAAGAAGUUGGAAAAGGAAUUGUAAGUGUUACAGAAAAUGUGGGGUUUGUAGCAUUUGGAAAGAGACGAAUUAAAUAUGUUGGCUUAUGUGAGUGUUGCUAUGCUCAGAUAUUAUCAAUUUAAUAUCUGAGCACAUAUUCAAAAUCAUGAAGGCUCAAGGAGAAGUUAAAAUUGCAUGCGUUUCCCAACAUGGCACAGUUAGGGUAGUGAAAAACUCCUUCAACACUUUUAAUGUGUUCUCUCUUUUUUUCAGGAGCCAGGGAGAUGAAGGACUUAUCUUCCUCAUCUCAAAACUCCCUUUGCUGCUAUUACAUUUUUUUUUGCCUUCAAAUGUUCAUAUACCCAUGUUAAUUAAUUUCUAAUAUAAUUAAAAAUAAAUGGUUUUAGAUAAUUCCUCAUAGUUCGUUUGGUUUUUCCCCUCGGUGUGGAAGUGUGAGAGUAAGUGUAAGACCAGAGAAGGCUGCAAGUGUCUUAAGUCCUCCACUUUCUUUUUGGUUUCUUUCAGUUGGUUGUCCUUCUUUUGUGACUAGGCAAAAUUUUCAAAUGCUGUCUCUUAAACAGAACAUCAAAUUGCCGCUUAAAUUCCACCUGGCUUGCAGGAUAGGAGUGGGUAUUGACUAUAUUCUCUGCUUUGUUUUUGUUCUUGAACAGAAACCACUGUUAGACAAUGACCAUUCCUCUUUCAAGGUAGGCUGAAUUGUAAGGCUUCAGGAUUGCAGGUGUAUUUUAAAUGCCUGUAUAAUUAUUUCAUGAAUUGAUUAUACUGUUAAAGAGCUGGUACUUGAAAAUUGUAUCUCUGAAAGAAUUUGAACAUAUCAGUUUUCUGCCUUCCUUAAAGUUACUUUUCAUGGUGUGAUUAUAAUGUGUAAAUGUGACUUGUGUGUACUAAUGUGAAGCAAUUUUCAGCCCUAGAAACACAAAUAAGACUUUCUUUCAAGAAAGUUUUGAUAGUUCUUUACUUUGAUACAUACAAAUCAUUUCCAUAAAUCACGUAAUGGUAUUUACUCAAUGUUAAAUGGUUAAUUUUAGUCACUAAACAAUUUUUAUGUUUUACUGAUUUAUUUUCUAUAUUUUCCCUUUUUUUAUUUUAUUUUAGUGUUUUGUAGAGUUUACAGUAUCCCAGAGAACAGACAAGUAUUUUUACUUAAUUUUCAUAGAAGGAAAGUUUUUCAAGUGCCUUAUAUGUUUGACUGUAUUGCAAAGCACUUCUGUUAUUUCCUCAUCAAGCUGACUGCUAAAGUAAUAUUCUCUGCCUGUUGUUCACAGUGUGGUAAAUGUGUGAUUUUUGGCAUUAUGAUUUAAGCACAAUCCUGCAAAUUGUUCCUCUGAGGUGGGGCUGGAAGAAGUUCAUUCCAGGUUAAAAUGUGGUGGCAAAUUUAUGAGUAUUAGGAGUAACCUAAUUGUCUACAUGAAAACUCAGACCAUUCCAUUUCUGUGUACUUUUAACUAUACAUUUAUAUGACAUAACUGUAGGCUGAACUUGUUGUUUCUUUUCUCUGAAUAUGAUCAUAAACAACAAAUUUGGAUUUCAACCUUAACCUUUAAUAUUCUUACUCUGAAUCAACGCUUUAGCUAAGCUUAAUCUUUAAAUACUUAGUGGUGUGUUGAAAGCCUCAUUAUACUUAACCUACUUCUGGUCUUUGAUGAAUUUUUAUACAUCUAAUCCUAUUUUAAUAGAUCAAAAGAAAGCCAUUCAUUUUCAGUGGGCACAGCUGAUGUAUCAGAGAUCCAAUUUUAACCAUCUCCAAAUAGGAGUCACCUGUUUUUCCUCAGGAACACUGAAGUUUUACUCAUCAGGUGCAGUUGCUUCUAUGACAAGCAACAUCAUCAAAAGAUCUUCUAUAGUCUGACCAAGCUUUCUUUGGAAAUCAUUAGGUUCUCAUCUUUUGCUGCCACCCCAUUAAUAUUGGAAAGCUGGUCUAUCUGCUUCUUUGAAAGCCUAGUCCGCAUUCCCAGACCUUUCACCCAAAUUGUCCUUUACAUAGUUCUCCCACCCACAGACAUUCACCCCCAAGUAUUUAAAGUUACUUCCCAGCUAUUGUUUUACAAACUAAGCAGGGCAAGCUCUUUUGCAUAUAUAUGGGGAGUGAAAAAAACCUAGAAGGAAUGCAGUGUAAAUAAUUGCACCUGCUUGUUUUAGAUGCUGCUUUUUUUUUUCAGACUUGGAAACUUAAUUACAUGUGUAAUCACUGCUGGUUUUCAUACCAAAAUCAAACUGCUUGUAGUUAAAAAUAGAAGAAAUUGGGAAAAAAAGUUAAUCCAUAAGAUAAAAGCAACACCACAGCCAUAUUUUUAUGCAGUUUAAAUGAAUCUCUAUCCAUUUUUAAUAGGCACAUGCGAAGGCUACCCUUUUAGUAACUCAUUUUUGCAGAUUGUGGACAAAUUUUAUCAGCUGAUGAAAGAUAUUAAACUAAACCUGCAAACUCAUAUUUAGGGAAGGCGAUGGAACAAAACGUGCAUGUGCAGUACCUGACAUUAAGGGCCAUAUACCCAAAGCUGUUGACACCAAGGAAGAAUGAAUGUCCUGUGUUCCCAUCACUUUUCAAAAGGAAAAAAAUGCAUGUGCCAAAUAUUUGCCUGUGGUUGACUGCAGAUGCUAGACCAGGUGGGUGAUACUACAGCACGGAGGUGCAAUUGGCAUUGUAUGAAGUUUUGAAUAAAGCACCUGGUACAGUUUCUGUCUGUAUCUAUCUUAGGUAUUUACAAGGCACCUAUCACCUUGGUACCUAAGCACUUUGAAAAAUGCACCCACCCCAGGAGGCAUGAUGCAGAUACAGACAGAGGCCCAGGUCCAGAGCAGCAGAGGCAGGUCCCAGGAAGCUCUCCAACUGUGUUCCCGCUGUUGUUGAGCUCCUGGCCCACUUGGUGUGGCCAAGGAACAUCUCCACCCACCUGUCAGCAGGAAGACGAUGCCCCACCCCUCACGUGCAGCUCCGCUGGUGGGCAAUCUGAAAAGGAAAGAUAAUGGAAAAGGCAACGAUCCAGUAGCAGAGGUGAAACAGGAAUGGUGGGAUUUCAAAAGGAGGGCUUCUUAAAGAGCAGCACAUCUCAGGGGAGGGAUCAGCUGCCAGUUCAAGUGGCAGAUGUCACUGGGGAGCAAGAUGGGGAGGUUCCUGGAUCCUCGGGGCAAGCCAGCCAUCACAGAGGGAGCUUGCUGUCCACGCCGGCCGAAGAACAGGAAUCCUCGGUGCCUGCCUCUGAUGAAGACUCACCAGCCAGGACCACAGAGAGCUGGCAGUGGCCACUGUCCUCGUCUGAAACGCACAGCAACGUUGGGGAGGAUUUUGAGGGAUUUCAGACGCCAGCGCGGACUCCGGAGUGUACCAUGGACAUACAGUCUCCCGGGGAUCAGUCACUCAGUAGAACUCCUCAGUUUGAAAGUGACUCUCCUGAGGAGGAGGGAAAUGAUGAAAUGAAUGAAGAGCGCUGCGGUGUUGAGCCUGUCCCUAGGGAUCGGGGUUGGAGAGGGCAGCCCCAGCUAACAGAGGGAGAGAAGCUGUUGAUGGAAACCAACAGUAGGAUUGUGCAGCUGCUGGAAAAUAUCAAGAGGGAGCAUGCACAGUCCAUGGGCCUCAUGUCCCAGUCCAUGGGCCGCAUGGAGCUGCAGCUGGGCAUUGUGGCUACCUCCACAAGAGCCAUCCAUAACUACCUGUCAGAGAUUUUAGCUUUUCUCAAGCAGCCAAGGACGCAGGUCCUUGAAACGCGCAUUUCCCAAAGAGCCACCCCCCAUGUCGAGUUGACCUGUGCCUCGACAUGGACCGGGGAGGACGCAGUGGCAUCCUCCACUGUGUGCUUACCUGGGGCCGAGGGGACAGGCGACUCUCGAGACCCACCACAGGCCACCCUGCCUUGUCGCAGUGGCCGGCUGCAGAGAGCCAUAACCGAGAGGGCCUCGCUGCCCAUGCCUCCACGCCAGGCAAAAGGGGGAGGGAAGAAAAAAUAACCAUUCCAUAAGGUUUUUAGAGGUUUUUUUUUUAUGUGCCUGUCCUUUUAAUUCUUAGCCAUAAAGCCACUGGUGGCAGAGUUUCAACCAUUUCCUACAUUGGCUAACAUUGUAUUCUGGCUGACUAGAUUAGUCUAACAUUUUGUAGUUUAUAUUUGCACUGUUAACUAUGUGUGCUGCUGGUAUUUGAAGAACAUUUACCUCUGUUCUUUCACUUCAACUUCAUACGAGCAUUUUUUUACUCUGUGCCAGGCAUUCAUUGCUUUUCUUACAAAUACAAGUCAUUUCUUGA